CAAUGAAAUAACUCAAUUAGUAAAACAGUUUCACUUCCGCAAAAUAAAGUGAAAUCUAUCAACAAUUUCAAACACAGAGGAGAUUGUAUGUUCACUUGUGGAACCGAAUAAAUUAACGAUGAUAUUGUUAUAUGAUACUAUUGAGUUGCAUACCGUUCUUGAAGCAUGAGGUGGAUGCAGUGACUUUUUGCCAGUAUUGCCAAGCGAAAGCUUAUAUAAGUGUUGUGAAUAUGAAAGCCUAAAAGGUGUUGUUUAGUUGCAAUAAUUCAACUGUCAGUUUUACAACCCAAAUAGUUGCUGAGCAACAAUUAUCAAAGGUCAAAGGCUCUGGGAGUACGUAUAUAUGGACUAGGUGUUGUUAUGUUUGAUGACUAAUAUAGCCUCUGUGCAUAACAGAAUAUCUCAAGGACAAUAUAGAAGUGAAAAUAUUUCUUACAUUUGCCUGAUUGAAGUACAAAGUAACAAUCAGGAAUUACAAGAUAAACUACAUCUUAUUGAAGUGUUGCUAGAUAAGGCCACAUUGUUCGGAUUAUCUUUGCAUAUUCUGAAUUGCAUGUAGGUCCGUGAUGUCGGCUCAGUCUAGUAUUUGGCAGACAGUUGCUAACCGGGAAUUGCAGUGUGUGAACAAAGUGGUUAUUCCAAGGACCAUGGGGGACAACUGCAGGGCAAAAAUCAUCCCCCCUACAUCAUUUAAGCCAGUUAAUGAUUACAACUUAUCUCAAUUGGCCUUUGAUCUCUACAUGGCGUGUAUAUCAGGGGAUGAAGAAGCAGUCAGAAGUAUUCUCAUGUCACACCCUGAUGUAGAUGUCAACAUUUCUGUAAAAGGUGCUACAGUUUUGUCACUGUCCCUUCAAAAGAGGCAGUUUCACAUAUUUUCAAUGCUUAUGAGACAACAUGAGAGAACCAAGAAGUUUGACUUGAACAAAUGCAGUAAGGAUAGUAUGAAUCGAUGUGAACCACCGGUUAUAACGGCCUGCAGAAUGCAUUUCUUUGAAGGUGUUAAAGCCCUUAUCAACAAUGGUGCAGACAUUGAUUCAGUUGAUCAUUUGGGACACACAGCUCUGUGGGUUGCUGCUCGUCAACAAAUGCCGGACUUGGUGGAAUAUUUAAUCUGCAAUGGUGCAAGUGUCAACAAAACAGACACCUACCACCACACUCCACUUAUCGCAGCUAUGAUGUACAGAGUCAGUUCUGGGAUCAUUAAAAUGCUCAUUAUAAAUGGAAGUAGUCUGGAAGGCCCAAGGCACCCAGCAAACACACAGUUGUCACCAUUGUUUUGGUCACUGAAAUACAAGACUCAUGAAAUUUUGAAAUUGCUCAUAACAAUUGGAGUAUCAAAUAGUGAAAUACGAUAUGUACGUAGACUGCUGCAUGCAAGGAAUGACGGCCAGAAGUUCAUAGAACUUUUGGACACAGAAGCACGCACACCUCGAACAUUGAAGCAGAUCUGUAGACGAGAAGUAAGAAAUAGCGUGAGUGAAGUAUGUCAGGGGAAGAACUUCUUACAGAGAAUGAAUCAACUCCAGAUUCCUACAAUUUUGAAACAAUACUUACUACUAAGGCAAUAGAAAACUUAUUCAGAUACAUGUAUAUUACUUGUCUGCAAUUAGAGGAUUUGUAAUUAGUAGCAGUUGCUUGUUAUUUCAUUGGACUGGUGCUUUUAUUGUUCAGUAUUAUUUAUUACAUAGUUUUUAACUUAUCAGUAUACUUACUGUAUAUUAAACAAUGGGCAAAAGCUUAUGCCAAAAUUGAUUUCAGGGUCCUGCAUUAUAUAAUUUUCACACUUCCAUGAAUUAUACAAGAUUGUCAGUUCUGUAAUUAUACAAAAUGAUGCGUAUUUCAUGUACAUUUCAUUCAUAAGAAUAGAACUAUUACUACUAUAGAGUACUUGUCAUAUGCGAUGUUGAUAUGCCUCAUGAAGUGUCAUUUUCCCAAAGUUAAAGGUUUUCCAAAAAGUAUGUGAUCAAACUUCAGCUUGAACUUCAAGUAAAACCUGUAUAUACGAUGUUCAAAUUGCAGUGUAUUUUUGUUUAUUUUGUGUUGCAUGGAGUUAAAUGAUACGUAGAUAUAUUUUUUAUUGAUAUUUAUUAGAAUUGGCCAAUUUCAUAAAUAAUUUUUUUUUCAUCCUGUAUACCAAUUUAUCCAAGGAUGUUUGUCUUAGAUUUUGCUUAAUAAUAUUGUCCUAAUUAACUAUCACAUGAAAUCCAACUUUUUUUCAAUAGAAGUAAUAGUGUUAUUCAUUACUCAAAAACUGUUUUAAUUAAUAUUUUAGAAAACUCUUGAAUUGGUGCUGUGUAGACUUGUUUUUAUUAAUGCAAUUUGUUCUUUUGUUUCAGACUGUAUAGUUUUUUUACAAAUUUCUGGUGUUGUUCAUAUAAUAUGAUAUUAAAUAUCAUGCAUACAAUUGUUGGUGCAUUAAUUGCCUCUUUAACUCAGCUUGUAAUUAGCACGAGGGAGCAGGUUCAAUAGGUAUUGCGACAAAAUACAUGUCUUUUAUCACUUUUAAUACAACCAUCUUUCUUUACCUCAUUUUGUCCUUGACAUUUACCUACAAUGUACUUAAUAUGUAAAGGGUUAUUUAGAAAGUCUAAACUGGUUCACCCAGAAUGACAUGUUUUGUCUAACAUCAAUACCUCUUGCUUUAAAGGUGUGGUACUUGCAUGGAAGUUUUCACUAAACACACCCACAUCACUUGACCACAUUUUGACCUUGAAAUUGAGUUGCUUUACAACGUAGACUAAUUAAAACGGGUAAAUUUAUCAAAACCGAUUAGGCUUCCACUAUAGGUAAAUGCACAUUACAAUUAUAUCAAGUAUAUAAUUCGUUAUUUCCUGGAAUGAGAUCCCAAAACAUUUUCGUUAUAUAUGAUUCUGUUUAACUUUUUUAUCAUUAUCAAUGUAUUAUAUAUGAUUGUGUUUUUAUCAUUAUCACUGUAUUUUCAAUCUUAUGUGCAUAGGAGAACCACAAAUCCAUACAAGCACACAGUUGUGUGAUAAAACCUAUUUUAAUGAUGCAAUAUUAUAUGUUUCUAUUACACAUGUUAUUAUUCAAAAUUGAUUUAAAAAAAAGGUAAAACUGCUUGUAAAGCAUUAAUAUAAUUACACAGUUGAGUAGAUGAUUGAUGUCUUGUUUUAACUCCACAAUAUAGCUUGUUCUGAUGUUUAUUAAAACACUUUAGUGGCCACAUGAAUGUUAACGUUUAGCAUUAUGAUUCAAUUGCUGCACCAUGGUACAU